CGUGUUCCGCAUGGCAGCUGCGCCGUAUCAUCAUCCGUAGUCCGCGCUGUAACGGUGGAAAACAACCCUACCCGUUCGAGGACACGUCGCCCUUGCGUCACCACGUCGUUAUAGUGACUUUUGUGCGUGUUAUCCUAGCCCGACCGAGUGUGGUUUACUGCGUGUUGAUGCGUGUUUUCGUUUGGUGCUACACUAGGCUGCAUUGUGUACUGUCGUGCAGGUGUGCAGAUAAUAUCACGCAUCGGCUUCCCUUCGUUCGGAAGGGUAAAGUGAAAACGGCACGCCUGGCCUACGCUUGCUGUCAGAUCCGAGGGUCGGCGUGAGCAUAACCCUGUCAUAUCGCUGCCUCGCUGCCGCUGUUGAGGACGACGCAUACACGGUGCUGAUUGCGGUUUUAGACCCGGAGCGAGAGCGAGAGUGAGCGAACGAAAAAAAAAAGUGAUCCUAUCCGGGAGAGUGCGACGAAUGGUGGCUGCUAGAGGGAGAAAGCAUUGGAAAACCCCUGUUUCCUGUUAGUGUCCUGCUACCAAAAAAAAAAAACCAGCCAAAUUUGGCUCUGCAAUUCCACAGCUCUACCGCAGCGUGACCGAGCACCGGGCGCUAAUCAAGGCUCCUGCUACGCAAAGGAAAAACCGACGUCCUACCUCUGUACCGGGCGAGAAAUCGGAUUUCCACCUCCGGCACCUGGCGAGAGAGAAAAGCGUUAUUAACGAAGGAAAACUUCCAACACCACCAUCACCACCAGCAGCAACACACGGGCAUUUGAUCAGCGGUUUCGGCCCCGGGCCUACUUCCAACCGCCCGCUCGCCCGCCCGCCCUUCCCUGCACCAAUCCGUGCCGAGUUCAUUGCGGCCAAGGAAGCCGUGAGGCGCAUCCGAGGAGGGGUGCCACACCGCAUUAGCAGCAAUUUCGACCUGGUAGUGUGUUCGCCACGUACACACGUACACCACUAACACACACGGGCACCCGUUUUGGCUCGAGGAAGGGGUGACAAGGGCGCCAGGAAAUCAGCGGAAACGUCGGAAGGAAAAGCGCAAAAAGGAAGUCCGUCGUCGACGGGUGGAACGGGUGGACAGUCCAAGAGUGGGGGGCCAAGUCAAAGGGAAGGAAAAUCGAACCACUAGUUAGUGGCUCGCCAGUGGUGUGCUGUGUGCCAAUUGAGCGCGCGCGUGUGUGUUGUGCCCCUUAACCAAUCGUGAAGAAAGGUGACCAACAUGGCGAAACCUACCCAGCUAUUAAUUAUUGAACCGGCGACCGAGCUCAAAUUCCAGGGACCGUUUCGAACGGCAGUUGCAUCAUACAUGCGGCUCACCAAUCCCACAGACCAUGACAUUUACUUCAAAAUCAAAACGACCGCCCCGAAAAAGUACUGCGUGCGGCCGAAUUGUGGCCUGCUGGAACCGCGCGAAUCACAGGAAAUCGCAAUCGUACUCCAGCCAUUCAUUUUUGACUCGAACGAAAAGAACAAGCACAAGUUCAUGGUGCAGUCGAUGGUGAAGCCCGAGGACGAGGAUAUCCAACUGGAGGAGCUGUGGAAGAAAUAUCCGGAGAAUCUGAUGGACUCGAAGCUACGCUGUGUGUUCGAUUGUCCCGUCGAGGCGAACCAGGCGACGCCGGCAACAGCGACAACCACCGCGACCGCCCCUAACAGUGCCGCUCCAGCUGUUGCCCAUCCAACGAACGAAGUGUCUGCUUCCAGUGCAGCGCUCUCUAACACGCUGGCAGCAAGCAACAUUGGCAUUACGAACGAUGAGCAGCUUAUGGGUGACGAAAUGUCACUGCUGAAGGAAAUGAAAAGACUAAAGGAAGAGGAAAGUGCUUUACGUCAGGAGAACUUACAGUUAAAGGAGCAAGUCCUACAGUUGCGCACGCAGGUGGACGCCAGGGCUAAGGAACAGCCGUCAGCCGCAGCCCGGGCCGCCAGUGGCACCACUGGAUCGGUAUAUUAUCAGAAUCCGUACUCGCCACCUCCGUUACCCGUUAACCAACAGCCCAUCUUCUACGGCAUAUUGGCCCUCGUCAUGUGCUUCGUCGGUAUAAUUCUCGGCAAGCUCAUUUACAGCGAGACGGCCAACAAAUAAAGUUUAAUUCAGCAACGGUGAUGGUGGUGACGGUGGCGGUUCGUUCUGGUAUCGGUAGUGGCGUUCCGGCGGUGCUUGCGGGGGUUGAAGCGCAAAAAGCAGCACUAGAACGAGUGCGAUCGAUCCUAUCCUAUCAAAUCACAUUUACACUUGCUAAAUGCUGUGGCACUAAUGGGUUUGCUAAACAAUGGAUGCAUGUUUGAUUCGAACUAACUCUGCUUCAUCCUCCACGCAGCAGGUUACCGUAUGGUGCGGCCAUGAUCGAACGAACGAAAUUCGAUGGGGAAAGGUUAGAGUGCAAAUGAUGAAAGAUAUGCAAAAUCUGGCAAAAAAUGAAUAGAAGGGUACGUAUUCCAUUAUUGGAACCCAUAUGCAAAACGCAAACCAUAAAUAAUUUACAUAGGAAAAGCGAGAAGCCGAUGGUUAGGUUUGAUUUGGGGGCGCUGGCGUAAACAUUCAACAGCCGACAAACGAUUAUAAAAUGAUUACGAUACAUGCAAGAAAAGGAAAUGCGAGAUACUUUCAAACACGGUAAUACUGAGAAUUGUCCAUAAAAACGCCAGCUCGGUAGCGGUGAUUCUUUCGCAGUGGGGACAAUAGCAGUAGGCAAUAGCAUAUAUCAGCAACACAGCCGCGCAGGGGUAUAAUGUUAGAUAAUCCCGGCUCAUUUCUGUUUUAUUAGCUCUCUUUCUGUUUUCUCUCUCCCAGUCACCAUUCCUUUCUCUUUUCCCUUCUAUUUUUUAUCAAUAUUUCAUAAACGCGCCCUACCUUCUUCUCCUAUUCCACGCCCUACGUUUUUUCUAACUCAUUCUUUUAGUUGUCCCAGUCACGAAUGGUUAACGUUUCAGUGCAUUUAUUUUUUACAUUUUUUUCUCAUCUUCGUGAGACCAGAGUGUUAUUGGUUAGUGUAGGCAGCAUCAACAACAAACAAUUGUGUACUGGUUAUGCUUUGAAUCGUCUAGCAUGUAUAUAGCAUGCAAAGCAUCCAUCCGCCACCAUUAGGAGUUUAUACUAGCAAAAAUGCAAUAAAACCCCGACAAACAUGAAAGCUGGCCGUACUUUGUGCAACUGUGAAGGAAAGGAGUGUAGGAAUGGGUGCAAAUACAAACCGCAAACUUGUGAAACACGAUUGCACUUAUAGCUUAACAAAACAAAAAACAAACAAAAAAUCACAUGCUUCUAAUGGAGAUCACAGUCGAUCAUACAUAGCUACACAAAUUACCACUUACGCAUUGCCGGUAGGGUGUACACAUUGGAGACAAUUACGAAAAACUCGGACGAAGAAAGGAAACAACUACGGUGGGAACUACGAGAAGCGAAUUGUGUGUUUACGUGAAGCUGUUUAGCAUCCUAGUGAGUGAAUAAGCUGGGACAGAGAGGAAAGAAAACAAAAAGCCCAUAAAAAUUCAGCAAAUUGCAACAUAACAUUAAAAAACAAAGAACACUCCUAUGUAUUUCCGUUAGUUGAAACUGUGUCGUUGGUGUGAUUUAUUUCUCUCAUUGAUUGAUUUUAUUUGGUUUAUCAAAUACGUUUCGGAUCGAGAAAGAAAUGUAUAAAACGUUUCGCGGCCCCGAAAAGUAACUGAUUUGCAUCCUGAAACGGAAGUGUGUCGAGUGGAGUACCAGGUGUUUGAAAAUGAAAAAAAAAAACGCAAACCGCAUGGUUAUUUAAACAGUACGGUGUUAUGGCAAAGUUUUGGGACGAUCGUGAUCGAAACUUCGUGUAGAAAUAGACUGUAUAGAGCGCCUAGUAGGAAUGUGGACGAAAGUAGCGACAACUUUUUGGAUUACUUAAUCCUUACCUCCCCCAAGGGGGAGUUAGAUCCUGCUGCACUUCUUUGCAAAAUUACGAAAUUCAAUUGCAUAACUAGUAACAAAUGAGAAAACAACAAGACAAAGCUCCAAUCUUCGCGGUAACAGAACACAACCAGAGUCAACGGUGUGCUUCUCUUUUGGUUCAGGCUGCGCUGCGAGAUUCCCUCCAGAACGGUGCUGCAGCUCGAACGGUUCAUCCCGAUUGAAUGAUCGCUUACAUCAACCAGUAACACCCGGGGGAAGUGUAAAGCGUAAAAUAAAUCCAAAUUCGCGUAAAUGUCAUCCGGCAGGUUGGAGAGUGUUGCCGUUUGGCAAAAGAGCGCACUGUAAAUCACUUACCUGGCUUUACGGUGCGUAUAAGGAUACCGGCGGUGGAUUGCAAUCAGUCAAGACACACGGAAACGUUUGAUACAACUGAAAAGAGGGGGGGGGGGGGGGAAUGCAUCCCAUCCUAAUCAUUUUUCUGGGUACAUUCUCGCAGCGAAUUUUGCUGCAAUACAUCUGGCUAUGCUUUAAUUUGAUUAAGGACGGAGGAGUCGUAUGUUUGACUAUUCUUGAAAGAAAACUUGCAAAAACUUUCACCUCCUCGUCCCAAGGAAAUCAAAACGAAGUUAAGCAAAGGAAAAAGAAAAGAAAAAAAGCAUGCCGUUGCGGCUGGGUGAGUACUGUAGUAGUAGGUGUAAGUUAGGUGGAAGGUGUAAACGAGGAAAUUAAGAUGUCAUAAGAUAGUAACAUGUAGAAAUAACGAAAGAGAUGAGCCACUCGAAACAGUGUACGGGAGAUUGUUUGCAGGAUGCAGCUUGGGAAUGUUAGCAUGAGCAAAAAGUACUAGGCAUGGCCGUCAGGGAGUUUGAGAGUGUGCAUGUUAUGAGGAAAUAAAAACCGAAACGAAAAUAUAUAAAUUAAAUAGGUGGCUCAUCCCGGAUAUUUCCUACCACCAUACCUGCAGACAGACAGACAGACUAACAUUGAAAGAUCAUCACGAAUUAUACAACAGCAACACGAACUACAUAUACACCGAACGAAUGGCAAGUUAAGAAAGGAAUAUUCGCAAUCUGUUUUAAAAAUGCUUAUUAACAAGUGUGGGAUGACUGCCGGGGGGGAGUAAAAAGGCAAAGAACAGCAAAGAAACAGCAAAAGGCACCCCCAAAAAGAAGCAGAACAUGAGAACAAAUAGCGCCAGGUGCGAUGUGAACCCAACACUAAAGAAAUAGGUAGUAGGGCAUUAUAAAUUAUAAUAAUCAAAUGGGGGUUACACUCGCUCGGUCAUUAUUCUGUUAGCAAAUGUAAUGGGAAAACAUUGAAUUGAGUCUAAAAGGCCUUCUAAAUCUUUAUCAUUGCUGUUUCUGUAAAAGCAUACUUAUAUGAAAAUGCAAAAUAAAAGAAUGUACACUAGCUAUUUCGAGACUAGA